UGCGUAAAGCUGGGCCCUUAGGGGUGGAGCCCAAACCAGCCCAGAGGGCGUCAUUUGCAUAGAGCCCCGCCCACUCCCCCGGCGGUAAAUUAGACACCACUUCCCCCCCUCCCCCCCCCCGCCGCAGGCUUCCUCGCCGUCCUUCCGCCCCGUUUCCCGACCUCGUCCGCCCAGGUCGGCCUGUAUCCUGAGUCGGUGCCCAGAUGCUUCCCAAGCGACGGCGAGUGCGUGCCGGGUCCCCACACAGCGCCGCUGCCUCCUCCGCGCCGCCGGCGGCGCGCUUCCCGAGUGUGGCCAUCUACCUGGCCGAGCCGCGCAUGGGCCGCAGCCGCCGGGCCUUCCUCACGCGCCUGGCGCGCUCCAAAGGCUUCCGCGUCCUAGAUGCCUACAGCUCAGAGGUGACGCAUGUGGUGAUGGAGCAGACCUCAGCCCAGGAGGCCAUCUGCUGGCGGAAGAACAUGGAUGCUCUUCUCUCAAGCUGUCCCCAGCCAGCUCUGCUGGACAUCAGCUGGUUUACAGAGAGCAUGGCAGCUGGGCAGCCUGUUCCUGAGGAGGGCCGGCACCGCCUGGAGGUAGCUGAGCCCAGGAAGGAGCCCCUAUGCUCAGUGACGAUGCCUGCAUAUGCCUGUCAGCGCCCCACACCUCUCACACACCACAACACCAUCCUCUCAGAGGCUCUGGAGACACUGGCAGAGGCAGCAGGUUUUGAAGGCAACGAGGGCCGACUUCUCGCCUUCUCCAGAGCAGCCUCGCUGCUCAAGUCCCUUUCCUGCCCUGUCACAUCCCUGAGCCAGCUGCAGGGGCUGCCUCACUUCGGAGAGCAUUCCUCUAGAGUAGUCCAGGAGUUGCUGGAACGUGGAACGUGUGAGGAGGUGGAGCAAGUCCGAUGCUCAGAAAGGUACCAGACCAUGAAGCUCUUCACCCAGGUCUUCGGGGUUGGGGUGAAGACUGCCGACCGGUGGUACCAGGAAGGACUACGAACCCUGGAUGAGCUCAGGGAGCAGCCCCAGAGACUGACUCAGCAGCAGAAAGCAGGGCUCCAGUAUUACCAGGACUUGAGCACUCCAGUUGGGCGAGCUGAGGCCGAGGCUCUGCAGCGGUUGGUAGAGGCAGCCGUGAGACAGACCCUGCCUGAAGCCACUGUCACACUGACUGGCGGUUUCCGGAGGGGGAAGUUACAAGGUCAUGAUGUGGACUUCCUUAUCACACACCCUGAGGAGGGCCAAGAAGUGGGGCUGCUGCCCAGGGUGAUGAGCUACCUACAGAGCCAGAACUAUACCAUGGAUGCUUUUGAGAGGAGUUUCUGCAUCUUGUGCUUGCCGCAACCUCCACGGGCAGCUCUAGAGGAGCCCCUGCAUCCCUGCCCAACGCAGAAGGCUGUGAGGGUAGACCUUGUGGUCACCCCCAACAGCCAGUUCCCCUUUGCUCUUCUUGGCUGGACUGGCUCCCAGCUUUUUGAGCGGGAGCUACGGCGUUUCAGCCGACGAGAGAAGGGGCUGUGGCUGAAUAGCCAUGGGCUGUUUGAUCCUGGGCGGAAGACAUUUUUCCAUGCGACUUCUGAGGAAGACAUUUUCAGAUUUCUGGGCCUCAAGUACAUUCCUCCAGAGCAGAGAAAUGCCUGAUCCUGCCUACUGGCUGCAGAGGGGCUGCCUCAUGCUUGACAGGAAUGUUUCUGGACAGAAGGCGCACUGCCACCCCAUGGCCUCACCGGUGCAUAUGGAGUUUUCACCUGUGGGCACAUUGGCAAGGUGUGACCCCGAGUCAACUCAACUCUCAGCCUCCACAGUCCUCAGGGUCAGAGACUCUGAGCAGUCCAUACAUUGUGGAACUACGACAGCGUCCUGGUCUGCUGUGAGCAUUUGAUCAGUCCAGCUGUGGUUGCUGUGUCCACUGCAGACUACCCCAUUCAGCGCCAGAAAAGAGACACGUGUCCCUGCCCUGGGCUUGAGCAGAAAGUAAUUCUGGCUAUGAGGUGUUGCACAGAAGCAGGAAGUCUGACUAAGUGCUGUGCCGCGGUAUGUGGAGAAGGAGGUGGCCCAGGACAGAAACCUCCAGUGCUGGGGCUGUCCGUGGACACCCCACCCGCAGAGCUGGGUACCGGCCUGUGCCAGGCUUUGUGAGCAGCGCAGCUCUGGAAUCAGGGCUCCACAUUCCUCUCCCACUCUAAGCUAUUGACCCCCUCACAAUCCAGCCCGGGCAGAGCCUGCACUGCCUAACGACAGCCCCAGCAGUGCAUGCUGGGAGGGCUGGUUCCUAGGACAGAGACGGGCACAGCCCAGCCUGGCAGAAAUACUGAAACUCAGCAAGAUCAGUGGGCAGCAACCAAGUGGUUCCAAGCCUGUAGUCUCGUGCAGGCCUGUGGCUCUGGCAUUUCUGUCACUUCUUUCCGUCUCGGCUGUAUUCCCCCAGUUAUGCCUCCUCCACACUUUCCCAGUUCACUCCCAUGUUUGCAGACUCUGUGUGACCAACUCUUUCACCUUCUCUGGGGCCAGAAGCACUACGGUAGGCUCAUCACACAGUCCUCAUCCCAAAGCACCAAGGGCUGGGAAGGCGCUUCCCUUCCCUCACUGCUUACCCACUGUUGCUGCCUUCUUCAGGACCUCACAGAUGAGGGCCUCCUACCUCAGUCACCACAUGAACAAGUAUUUUAAAGAUUACCAUUCAAUAAAAUGCAUUCUUUUGGAUUAUA